AUGGCUACCCCUAGUGUCCUAGCUUUUGACGCUGAGGGUCGCGCCAUUGACUUUGAGGUCUGGGUAGACGACCUGCAGUUGUUUUUACAGUGCGAUAGGGCAGACGGCCUCUCUCUCUUUGACCUCACUUCUGGCGCCUCUCCUGCCCCUGCUGCUGAUGCUGAUCCCACUGUGCGCUCUCAGUGGGCCACCCGCGAUACUGCUGCACGUCUUGUUGUGCGUCGCCACCUCCCUACCUCUGAGCGCGCGCACUUUAGUCAGUACAAGAGUGCUCAGACCUUGUACGACGCUGUAGUUGCGCGCUACUCCUCCCCUGCCACUGCUGCACUGAGCCGUCUCAUGCUUCCCUACCUCUUUCCUGACCUCUCUGCCUUUCCCACUGUUGCUGACCUCAUUACGCACCUCCGCACUAGUGACAAUCGCUACCGCGCCGCCCUUCCUGCUGAGUUUUGCGCCGCCCCCCCCAUGUACAUCACUCUCUACUACGUAGUCGCGCGCCUCCCUGACUCCCUUCGCGUAGUCAGGGACCACUUUCUCGCAGUCUGUCCCACCACCCUCACCGUCGACGUCCUCGAGAAGGCCCUCCUCGCGGCGGAGAAGAGCAUCGUCGCUGUAGGAGCUUCUCGUGGUGACCCUCGCACACCCAUCUUUGAGGGUCGGUUGGCGCGGCGUCUGCCCCUAGUGGGAGACGCCGCUCUGGCAAGGGCAAGGGGGGCAAGGGCGCUGGUGGAGCUGGAGGGAACGGUGGAGGUGGCGGUGGAGGCGGCGGAGGGAGUGGGGGGUGGCGGCGGGAGUGGUGGCGGGGGUGGUGGUGGUAGUGGUGGCAGCGGCGGAGGAGGCGGCGGUGGUGGCGGCGGCGCUGGUGGUGGCGGCAGUGGUGGCGGUGACGGUGGGGGAGGCGGGUGGCGGAGGAGGCGGUGGUGGCGUAGGAGGUGGAGCUGGUCGAGGCGGGGUACCCAGCAGCGGAGCGGCGGUGGUGGUGGUCAGCGCUCGCAGCAGCAGCAGCAUCAGCGUUCGCGUGACGUCCCUCCGCCCCAGCAGCUCUGUGAGUGGUACGCUCGGCGUCAGAGGGGUGGGGGUACUGGUCCUUGUACCUACGUCCUUCGCUCUGGCGAUCGCGCGGGUGAGCAGUGUGGGGGUGCCCACUCCACCCAGCGCUGCUUUGGCCGCCUGACGGACGCUUGGCGUCAGCAGUUCCCCGGGGCUAGUGAGAUCCCUCGCUGGGUUGAGCUUCUUAGAGCUGGUGUAGCGAUCUUUGAUCUUGAUUUUGAUGCUAUCCUUGCUGCUAUGUAUACUGUGACUAUUAGUGAGGAGGGUGAGUGUUACCGGUGUUUCCCGCCUGACCCAGGCAUUGGUACUGCUGCGCUAGGUGCUUGUGAGGCUGCUGCUCUAAGUGCCAGUGCGUCUGUGCUCUCAGGUGCUUGUGAGACUGCGCUCUCAGGUACUGCGUCGCCUCCGUCCUCCCUCACUUUCACACUUGACUCCGGGGCUUCUCGCUCCUUCUUUCGAGACCGCACUACCCUCACGCCGCUUGACCGGCCCGUUGCGGUCUCCCUGGCUGACCCCUCUGGGGGUCCUGUCCUCUCUCACUUCUCCACUGUCCUCCCGUGUCCGGCUGCCCCUUCGGGCACCCUGUCUGGUCUGUACCUUCCCUCGUUCUCUACGAACUUGGUGAGUGGUGCGGACCUGCAGGAUGUGGGGGUUCACCAGUUCACUCCUUCGAGUCAGCGGGUGACCCACUGCACGGAGGCACGCACAGGCCGACACCUGGCCACGUUCUCGCGUCGGCCGGGGUCGAGUCUCUACACCCUGACCGUUGAGUCUCCUCCUAUCCCUGCGUCUGGUCAGGUAGCUGCGUCAGGUCAGGUGCUUGGUGCUGCGUCCCGGACCUUCCUGUGUCCCCUGUGUCGAGGGUCGCCUCCGGGCUGCUCCUCACUCCUCCCCAGUUCCCCCCCGACAGAGGCUCCUCUGCAGACGCUUCACAUGGACGUGUGGGGCCCAGCCCCCGUCCGUGGGCAGGGUCACGAGCGCUACUUUCUGUUGGUGGUUGACGACUACUCGCGUUACACCACAGUCCUCCCCUUGCGCAGCAAGGGUGCUGUCACUGAGACCUUCACGCUUCCGGACACUCCACAGCAAAAUGGGAUUGCUGAGCGCCGCAUUGGCAUGGUCAUGGAUGUCGCUCGUACGUCCAUGAUGCAUGCGGCUGCCCCCCAUUUUCUGUGGCCGUUUGCGGUGAGGUACGCGGCGCAUCAGCUCAACCUUCACCCCCGGGUCUCUCGGCCCGCGAUGUCCCCAGUCUUGCUGUGGACGGGGAAGGUUGGCGAUGCGUCGGCGUUCCGUGUCUGGGGAUCUCGCGCGUUUGUCCGCGACUUGUCUGCGGACAAGCUGUCCCCUCGUGCUGCUCCCUGUGUCUUCCUUGGCUUCCCCACAGACGCUCCCGGGUGGCAGUUUUACCACCCCUCCUCUCGUCGUGUUCUGUCCUCCCAGGACGUCACGUUCGACCAGUCAGUCCCCUUCUACCGCCUCUUCCCCUACCGCACUCCUUCCCUCCCCCCUCCGCCGGACUUCCUUGUGCCGGUUCCCCCCCCGGUAGACCCCCUCCCCCCUCAGGUUCCUGCCCCCUCAGGUCUGUCCCAGGUGGACGCAGUUGACCCGGUCGAGGUUACUGGUGACUCUGGUGCUGCUGCGGGUGCUGGGCCUGGGGGUGCUGACUCUGGGGGUGCUGUGCGCCGGGGUGCCGAGCCUGGAGGUGCUGCUACUGGGGGUGCUGAGCUUGGGGGUGCUAAGCCGGGGGAUGCUGUGCCUGGAGCUGCUGAGCUAGGGGGUGCUGGGUCUGGGGGUGCUGGGUCGGGAGCUGCUGCGCCUGGGGGUGCUGAGUCUGGAGCUGCUGAGCCUGGAGGUGCUGCGUCUGGAGCUGCUGAGCCUGGGGUUUCUCCUGCUGCUGCGUCUCGCCGGGAGCCCCUCUCUCCAGAGGAGCUGCGCGAGUGGUUUGCUCGCCGCUGGAGGCGUGCUGCUGGAGCUGGAGCUUCUUCGACCGUCGAGGGUGCUGGUGCUGCCGGUCCCGGAGCUGCUGGGCCUGCGGGUCCUACUGGAGCUGGAGCUGCUGAGGGUGUUGGUGCUGAGACUACUACUGUCUGCCCUGGCGGUGGUUCUGCUGCUGGUGCUGCUGGGGGUCCUGCCGCUGGAGGUGUUGGUGGCACUGGUGCUGUCGCUGAGGGUGCUGGUGCUGUCCCUGCUGAGUCUGGAGCUGCCGCGUGGCCUCGGCCGUACUUCGUUCCGCUCCUGCAGCAGGUUCUUGGUCUUUCUCCUCCGGUAGAGUGUCCACAGCCUGUCCAGUCACAGUCACUGUUGGAGCCUUCCUCUCCACUGCCUGCUCCCUCUCCUUACACUGGUCCUACUGGAGGUCUUGCUGAGCGUCAUGAGCCUGCGUCUCGUCCCGCGUCGCCUGUUCGUCCUGCUCGCGCUAGUGGUCGCAGUUCGCGUCAGCAUCCUCCUCCUGUCCCUGGCACGCACCGGAUGUCUCUGCGUCCGUCCACUGCUCCUCUGCGUGCCCCUUUGCCUUCUCCUCCUGCGUCCUCUCUUCCUGCUCUCGCCGACCCUGAGUUGGACUCUCUUCGUGCUGCCAGUCCUACUGUCACGUGUCUCCUUGCUAUUGUUGUCACUGACCCUUCUUUCGAGUCUACUGCUGCGUCUGCUCUCGUUACUGAGCUCGUCAACUUUGCUGCUCGCUGUCGCUUAGACUACGCUGCUAGUCUUGUCGCUGAGUCUGAGUCUGUCUGUCCUCCGUCCGUCGGGGGUGAGUGUGCCCUUGGCACGGACGUCCUUGAGGACAGGCAGGAGGAGUUCCAGUGUCUGGCAGCUGCUUCACCUCAUCUCGUGUCCGUACUGCUUACCCCUGAGGGAGACCCGGAUGCACUUGACAACCCGACUCCGCGCUCUUACGCGGAGGCUAUAGAGGGUCCCUACUCCUCUCAGUGGCAGGCAGCUAUGGAUGCAGAGAUGGCUUCCUGGAAGUCCACAGGCACCUACGUUGACGCGGUUCCCCCUCCUGGGGCGAACAUCGUAAGUGGCAUGUGGAUCUUCAGGGUGAAGCGGCCGCCGGGUUCUCCACCUGUCUUCAAGGCGCGGUACGUUGCUCGUGGCUUCAGUCAGCGGCAGGGAGUUGACUACUUUCAGACCUUCUCUCCCACCUCGAAGAUGACCACUCUUCGGGUGCUGCUGCACAUAGCCGCUCAGCGCGACUACGAGCUUCACUCUCUUGACUUCAGCACUGCGUUCCUGCAGGGUAGCCUGCACGAGGAGAUCUGGCUGCGCCGUCCACCUGGCUUCACUGGGACUUUUCCUCCUGGCACCCAGUGGAGCCUCCGACGGCCAGUCUACGGUCUCCGCCAGGCACCGCGUGAGUGGCACGACACACUGAGGACUACGCAUGCGGCUCUUGGGUUUGCUCCUUCUACUGCUGACCCGUCGCUGUUUCUGCGCACCGACACUUCACUGCCGCCGUUCUACAUCCUCGUGUACGUCGACGACUUGGUCUUUGCCACAGCGGACACUCCUGGACUCGCCUACGUGAAGUCCGAGCUGCUGAAGAGACACACGUGCACAGACCUGGGUGAACUGCGCAGCUACCUUGGCUUGCAGAUCACUGGGACAGAGCACGCCGCACCAUUACCUUGA